AUGCUUUUGGAACUGUUCUUCGUUUUACUUGGUCUGGUCGCAUUUUAUAAUUGUUGGUGGAAGCGGAGAGGGCUCCCUCCGGGCCCUAUGCCAACUCCGUUAAUCGGUAAGAGUGGUAGAAAAAUAUUUGAGUUGACACCCAUAAAAAACAAAAAAGAUUUAAUAAAUCAUUAAAUUUUGAAAUUGGCUAGAAUUAAGACGCUACUUUGUAAGCCAAUCCACGUUGAUAGAAGAUGUGAUUUUUUUUCUCUAACUCUUCGUCCUCAUUUACCCGAAUCUCUGAUUCGAAAAGAACCUUUCCCCACUUCUAUUGUUUAACUACAAUGAUUUUUUAAGGGAACGGCUAUCAACUAAGCAAGUACCCCUCCAGCGAAGCAGCCUGUAAGGUAUGGAAAGAUCAGUACGGAGAUACCUUUACAAUAUGGAGUGGAGAGCGUCCAAUCGUUUGCGUCACCGACUUCAACACGAUCAUCCAUCACUUCGUCAAGAAUGGAGAACAAUUCCAAGAUCGCCCCGAUGACAGCAACUAUUUGAACUUUGUUGGGCGCGGCCUUCAUGGAGUGUUCCUAGUCGAUGGGGAAUUAUGGAAGAAUCAGCGGAGAUUCGCGCUACAUACUUUCAGAGAUUUUGGAUUGGGGAAGAAUCUGAUGGAAGAAAGGGUAAGAACGAAUUCUUGCGGCCCGGCCACAAGAAACAAACAUUAGGUCGGCCCGGGGCCUUUUCAGGUUUGAUCAGGCCGUCAGAUUGCCACCUUUACGCAAAACAAAAAAAUUUCAAUUUUUUUAGGUCAUUGAAGAAUGCGAUUCAAUGUUUGAAAGAAUUGAAAAACAAAGGAAAGGUGGCAACCCUUUAAUCAGCUUGGUCGAUCACGUCGACAUUGUCAUCGGCUCAAUUAUCAACAAUCUUCUUUUUGGCUACCGUUACAAUGAGAAUAACCUCACCGAGUUUAAAGACUUGAAGGAGCGCGCCACUCUUGCCAUUACAACUGCAGGAUCGCCUCCAGCAAUGAUCUGCAGACCAAAUCCGGAGUUUUAUUUAAAAUGGCCAAUUUUGGGGAACGUCUUGGCCACAGCUAAGAAAACGUCAAUUCAUUUGCAAGAUUUCUUCAAGACCAGAAUCCAAAAUCAUGUCGAUGAGCUGAGAAAUGUCGACCUUAGUCAAUUGGAGCCCACUGACUUCGUGGCGGCAUUUAUGAAAGAGCGAUAUCGUUUAGAUUCUAUUGGAGAAGAGCAUUUCUUCUCUGAUCAACAACUUGUAGUUUUGGUUUAUGAUUUGUGGUUGGCUGGACAAGUAAGCUAGUACUUAGAAUAUCGUAUUUUAUUGUAGGAAACGACAAGUAAUACGAUUGGUUGGGCCAUCGGAUAUCUUAUUCAUUACCCAGAAGUUCAAAAAAAGGCCCAGGAAGAGUUGGAUCGAGUGAUUGGAUCUGACCGGACUAUCACCAUAUCAGACAGAUCGGAUCUUCAGUAUAUGCAAGCGCUUUGUAACGUAAGUGAACGUUUAAUACUUUCUAUUCAAAGGGGACGAAUGACAACAUCCUUCUAGAAGUUGUCACCGUUUUUUUUCAAAAAAAUCGCAAAAAUUCUGAAAAGUAGCGACAAAUUUUGAUCUUACCAUGUGAGCGGUUUCCGAAGUUUGCCAGGAGCCUCGCGCACCCUAAGCAACACAACCGUUUUCAGGAAACCCAAAGAAUCUCAAAUAUGGUCCCAAUGAACAUCAUCCACGCCACUGCCGAAGACGUUGUGGUCGAUGGGUAUCACUUGAAAAAGGGAACAGCCAUUACUCCGUUGAUUGGCGUUGUUCUUUAUGACGAGAAAGUAAGCGUUUCUCUUCGAAAAAUUGGAGUUUUCAAUUUUAUAACAAAGGAUUUUUAGAUUUUCCCAGAUCCCAUGAAAUUCAAACCCGAGAGAUUCUUGGACAAAGAUGGGAAAGUGAAGAGGGUUGACGAGUUCAUCCCAUUCUCCGUUGGCAAACGACAGUGUUUGGGAGAGGGGCUGGCUCGGAUGGAAAUCUUUCUGGUCAUCGCCAAUCUACUCAAUAAAUACAAGGUAUGGUAUAUGUAAUAUAAUACAACUGCCUUGCGCAUAGCAAGUCAAGGAUAUUGCAAGCAAAAAAAGCAGAGUCAAACAAACGAACAAUUUAUAUUCGUACUUCUUUCAGUUCCUUCCCGGAGAGAAGAUGCCCGAUCUCAAGAGACACCAUGGACUCACAGUUCACCUUAAAAACUUUGAAUGUCGAGUGGAACCCCGGUUCAAUUAA